AUGCGCCUCAGUCCAUCAAAAUUGUUGCUCCUGGUAGCCUUCCCGCUUUUCAAGGCUAGCGUUGUUCCACACGAUAUUCCUAUCAGGCAACCCACAGGGCUCCAGACGCUUGAUAAUGAUCAUGUGCCGCAAUAUCAUAGGAUACGGGGGUUGUCUAGAAAUUCGCUUGAAGGCACGUUCCAGACUGCCCAUGGUAUCUUGAAGAACUCGCGGGCCCCUCCAAUCCGUCCCCCAUCUCGUGGACCCUCGCCGGGUCGUGGCGGAAAGCCACAGAAUGAGCCCUCUGUACAACACCCCCCCGAACCUAAAGCUCCGAAUUCACCGGGAGCCACGAUCGGGGAUCGAAUCCCAGAACCGGGAACACUACGGCCUCCACCUUCCGAUGUUGGAGAUUGGAACUAUUUUCUGAAAUCAGGCACCAACUCUCAAAAGUGGUUAGAUGCAGUUUUCAAAUCCAAACAAGCGGAUUUCACCCCCAUAUCCUGGGAGCGCGGAUAUAAAAGAGUCGACCAUGCACCGAUUUCUUGGGUACCGGAUGCGGAGGUGCAGGCUAUCACUAAAUUGGAAUCUGGACCGGGUUACAUGCUGAUGAAUUAUAAGAGCGAGGGUGCGCCCACCAUUGCUUUCAACAAUAUCUUCCAUAAAGACAAAGGGGCUAUCGUCGCGCUAGUUAACUUUAAAAGUCAAGAUGUGUCUGCUCCUGCUGUUCGACUGAAGUGGUCAGAUCUCAUGUGGCAAUCCUGGAAAGAGACUGCUGGAGACAAAGCUAACAGCCUGCGCUGGGUUGUGCAAGACAACAUCGUAAAUUCUCAUACAGAAUCCAUUAUGAUACAGGCACAUGGGAAGGUGGGAUUUCCCCCAAACCAAAACAUAGGGAAAUUCUGGUAUCAUGGUGCAGAUGACAGCAUGAAGGAAUCCUUUUUGGCCUUGGCAGGAACUGAUAACGUCAGAGGAGUAUUUCGCAUCGCAGCAAAUUACCGCAAUGAGUUAGAUAAUGCCUGGGUGAAGAAUAUAUACACCAUUAAGAGUGGACCCCAUAUUAUAGUGGAGUUGGGAAGAGGACCACGUCCGGCAAAAAGGUCUGAUAUCCAAGGAAAACACAUCCGUCACUCCUCAUGGAAAAAGCAGCCCAUUACUAUUUAGAAUCAAGGCCAAUAUCCACUUAACAUGCUAAAACCCAGGCUAUUGCGGAGGAGGAUGAUGAGAGGUGUUGUGAAACUGAGGGAAAGUGAGGCACAAGCUACUAGGAUUGCGCCUGUGCCCUCAUAGAUCCAACCCUGGCUAUUUGUAUCCUGCUUUUUUCUCUCCCUCUUUGUUGAUUGGUUGUAAUACGGAGGAGACUCAGUUAAAUCUUGCUUUUGAAGUUCCCCCCCCCGCGACUCUUGUCUCGGGGCUGGAUCCCUAUGGAGGGUUUUAUAGAUUUCGAGCGCAGCGUAUCCAACGGCCGCUUUGAUUUUGCACGUAAAGGAUCUUUUGGAAACUGUAAAACCCAAACCUCCAACCUCUGCAUUUCAUUCUGAAAGAAAUCAGUAAUUUACCGCCCAGCCGAAAGAGACGUCAAGCCGUCGCAUCAGGAGAGCCAUUUCUUGCGGCCGAUAAGAGUAUCGGAGAUGGAUUCUCGGCCCUGAAGUUGCACGGAAAAGCUCGAAAACUAUAUACCAUAUCAUGUCUAGUUGGGCCUAGAUGGUGAAUUUGAUCUAGGUGCAAGUUCGCAGUUCGGGUGCUAAUUGCCCGGCCCAAGUCUUAUAUUACUGAAUGUUCCCCGAGGAACA